CAUAAAUGGAAGCCAGGGCAGCAUAUUGAAUUCAUGUGAAACAAAACACAGGGAGGAGUGUGGGGACAUGGAACCGAGCUUUCCCUGGAAAAAGCAAAAACUUUUGAAUAAUUAAUUAAAAGAUUUUGGAAUUGUAAAUCAAAGAGCAUCUACUUCCCUUUACGGGGAAUGUUAUGAUACCAGCGCACCGCAGAGCACCGCACAACUAAUUAUUACUGCUAAUUGUGUUUGUGAAUAUUAAUCAUUCCAAAUGGCAACUGUCAUUCAUUUACCAAUUCUAAUGGUUUAGUUUCCUAAAAGUCCAGUGGGAAUAUUACUAGAGCCAGCACACAAGGAAAUAGCUGAAGAAAGAAGAGAUCGAGAGAUUGUUGAUCGGGUGAAGAUGGUGGCGGCGGCUAACAAAGAGAAAGAUGAGAAGAGAAUGUUUGUGGGAAUGGCGUGGAACUGCGCAGCGGAGCUCAAACUCUUCCUCACCGCUCUCCUCUUCCUCUGCACCCUCGCCACCGUCCUGCAAUUCCUCCCUUCACGCUUCCUCCUCUCCCCCUCCGAUCUCCGCCGCUGCCUCUCCACCCCCACCGACCUUUCGAAUUCCUCGUCGGCCCCCGCCGCCCUCCAGGACAUCAACAGAGACAACAUUUCCAGCGACGGCGUUGUGAGGCGGGCUUUCAACCCCUACGGCUCGGCUGCUUACAACUUCAUACUGAUGUCGGCGUACCGAGGCGGCCCCCACAGUUUCGCCGUGGUGGGCCUCUCAUCGAAGCCCCUCCACGUCUACGGCAAGCCCAGCUACGAGUGCGAGUGGGUGUCGGGCAACACGAGCAUCUCCACAGCCGGAUACAAGAUCCUUCCCGAUUGGGGCUACGGCCGCGUCUACACCGUGGUUGUGGUGAACUGCACUUUCCCCCGUCCGGCGGUGGCGGGAGGCCAGCUUCUGGUACACGCGGCCACCAACGGAGGAGGCGGGAUCAACAGCAGCGACACGAUUGUGGUGUUGGAGGAGAGGCCGGAGGAUUACAAGGCGGAGUGGGAAUCGGCGCCGGCCUACGAGUAUUUGUAUUGCGGAUCGCCUCUGUACGGGAAUCUGAGCCCGCAGAGAGUGCGAGAGUGGAUGGCGUACCACGUGAGGCUCUUGGGGGCCAAGUCCCACUUUGUGAUACACGACGCCGGCGGAGUGCACGACGGACUCAGGGCGGUGCUGAGCCCCUGGAUGGAAAAGGGAUUCGUGACGCUGCAGGACGUGAGGGACCAAGAGAAGUUGGACGGUUACUAUCACAAUCAGUUCCUGGUGCUCAAUGAUUGCCUGCACCGCUAUCGGUUUUCGGCCAAGUGGAUCUUCUUCUUUGAUGUGGACGAAUUCGUAUUUGUCCCCAAAGGCACUAUCAACGCCGUCAUGGAUUCUCUCUCGAAAUACACUCAGCUCACCAUGGUGCAGAUGCCCAUGUCCAGCACCCUCUGCCUCUCCGAGGACGCUCCCCAGCGUUCUAGGAAAUGGGGAUUCGAGAAGCUGGUGUACAAGGAUGUGAAGAGAGGUAGGAGGGACAGAAAGUACGCGGUGCAGCCGCGCAACGUGUUUGCAACUGGAGUGCAUAUGUCGCAGAGCUUGGUGGGGAAGACGACGCACGACACGUACGGCCGUAUUAGCUACUUCCACUAUCACGGGACCAUUGCCCAGCGCCGCGAACCCUGCAAACAAUUUCUCAAUGACUCGCAAAUCACGCUUGAUGGAGUUCCUUAUGUUAUGGAUACUACAAUGCGCCAGGUCGCUGGAGCUGUCAAGAGAUUCGAACUCAAAACCAUUGGCCCUGUCUUGCAGACAACCACCCAAUGACCACACUAAUGCAUUUUGCAAGCGUUUCCUAUACACAGGACUAUAGUUACGUUGUAUGUAUUCUUUUAUUUAUUACUAUUGCAUUCAAAUAAGUUGGCCUUCAUUUCAA